UGUAUCUUAUCGCUGGACAUAGGUACAUGUUUAUCAGUGGGAUUUUAGCAUGUAAGCAUAGACUUACCCUGGAGUGGUUAUCAAAUGAAAAGAUGACGUUUCUAGACGACAAGAGAAUCAGACAAUUGAAUCAACACCUGCCAGAAUUCACGAGGAAAGUUGAUCCAAUAGAACUCCUCCCUUACCUCCAGUGUCUAACGCAGUCCAGCAGGGAAGAAAUAGAAAACAGACAACGCCAAAACAGUAAAAGUCAGGCCGCCAUGAAGUUGUACGAUCACCUGAUAAGGAUGGAUAACUGGUGGCCCCAGCUUCUGGUCGCCCUACGUCACACCAACCUAUACCAACUAGCUGAUAAACUAGAAGAAAUAGACGAAGAUGGCAGACCACGAGUUGAGCAUACUCGCCGAAAGACUCCACCUCCUAAGGCUAGGCUGUAUAGCGGUGACACGAAAUAUAAGGAUCUACCGGCCCGGGUAUCCUCCAUACUAAAGAUCCUGGACAGUCAGGACGUGGAGAACAACUGGGAAGCAAUGGCGGCACAUUUGAAAUAUACAAUUGAAGAGGUGACCAGGAUGAAAUGUAACCAAAACGAGGCAUCAUGUACGAAGAAACUAUUUGAGGACUGGAGCCAGCGGGAGGAAUCAACUCUCCAUAACCUAGUUAUCGCUUUAAACGAACUCGAAAGAUUUGACCUUUUGGAACAAAUACAAAAAGUCACUGGUUACAGAUUGCCGAAGAUCAAGAAAGAGCACAUGGACGCUGACGAACAUGGAUGUGAUGUCAUUUUGUCCACGGGAAUGUUAAAUCGAAAGAGCAAAGACACAUCGUUGAAAGAUAUAGUACAGGAGUCGACUGUUUCUCCAAGUGAGCUGGACCCACUGACCAGUGACAAUGAAACAAACGAAGCCCAUUCUCUAUCAAAUAAACAUGUUGGACCGCAUAACGAGCCUCUUCGGUUACCAGAUCACGAAAGAACACUUUUCGGGGGAAAAAGUGAGUGACAGUGAGAAACUGGCCUCAGAUUGUAAUAGGUCUUUCGAUGAAAGGAAAACGAUAGAAGAGGAAAGUUCAAGAACACCAGGCGAAAACAGCCAAACACAAUCAGAAUUAAGACGAUUAAGUGAGCAAGGUGCGUGUCCUAUUCCUGAGUCAAAUGAUUGUAACGUUGAUGGUAAGAAAUAUAACACGAAAAAAUCCAAUGGAAAGGACACAUCCGAUAUUAAUGUCAACACAUCGUCACAUGAAAAAUCACUGAAGGACAAAACUAUCGACAAGUUACCUCUUCUUGGAGGAAUAUCUGUGCUGGGCAUAGGGGCUGUUAUGGCCUUAGUCAAAUUAAAAUGGUAAAGAUGUUGUGCGUCUAUUCGCUUCACGUUUCAAUAAAUAUAAUGAAUACUCCC